AAAAGAAACUUUGUGUUUCAGACUUCAGAAAUCUAGGCUUGAAGCAAAAACAACUAUUUUAGAGCUUCAAAGUGAAAUAAAGCAAAAAAAUUAUGAACUAGAUAAAUUAUUGGAAAUACAUAAAGAAACAUCUCUUAAAUUACAAGACCAACAACUUGAAAAUGAAAAACUAACUGCAAAAUUAGAGGCUAUUAAUUUAGAGCUUCAAUUAAUACAGCAAAAACAAACUUUAUCUGAACAAGUACUUGAAAAUAAAAUGAUACAGUUAGAACAAUAUAAAAAAUUAGAAAAAGACUUAGAUGAAAUUUCAGAAAAAAUUAAUAAAGAUAAUGUAGAAGAUGAAUCAGUCCAAUCCUUAGCAGAAAAGAUAUUAAUUCCAUCAACUUUAGGAAAGUUACAACAUAAUGUAAAUCUGUUUCAUAAAAUCACAGAACUGGAAAAGAAAAUAUCUUCAUUAAGUCAAGAGUUAAGUGAAGAGAAAAAAAUUAAAGAAAAUUUACAAAAAGAUGCCAAAUUGUAUGUUUGA